UCAAAUGCUGAUAACAGUAACCACCACCAGCAGCAGCAAAUAUGGAAGUUUACACACACAUUGAUGAUCACUUGCAGAAGGCGGCAGCAGAAGGCAAUUUUAAACCAUUCAAGGAUUAUCGAAGGACUCUUCCUAGCCUACUCACCUCAAAUAAAAACACAAUAUUGCAUAUCUACCUUACCUCUUCAGAUAAAAGAUCCACCAAGUUUAUAAAAAAGGUACUUCGCAAUUGUACGUCACUGUUACGGGAUGUAAAUGUCCACGGUGAUACUCCGUUGCACAUUGCAGCAAGGUACGGGCAUGCUGAUGUAGCGGAAGAGCUAAUCAAAUGGGCAAAGGCUUCAAUGCAUAAUGAAAUUGCUAUAGAGAGCGGAGAAGGGCCAAGAGAGAGGGAAAUUGUAGCAGUAAGGGAGUUGUUAAGAGUGAAAAAUAGAAAUGGAGAGACGGCCUUACAUGAAGCUGCACGAAAUGAAAAAAGUCUGGGUGUCGUGGAAGCAAUAUUGAGUAAUGAAGAUCCUUUGUAUUCAUAUUCUGCCAAUAAUUAUGGGGAAACUCCGCUUUACCUGGCUGCUCAAAAUGGAUGUGAAAAGAUAGUUCUUGAGUUAUUGAAUAGAAGCAAUUCACAGUCACCGGAGUAUGGCGGCCCCAAUGGUAAAACGGCAUUACAUGCGGCAACAAUGCACCGCCGCUACUCCAAAAACUGUUAUCCAUGUAUGAUAGACGCGCUGUUGGACAAAUGGAGUAGCUUGGCCAAACAAACAGAUGACAAAGGUUGGACUCCACUCCACUAUGCUGUGUAUAAAUGUAGAACACGUGCAGUCCAAAAGCUAUUAGAUAAGGAUAUAUCUACAGCUUAUAUUGCCGAUAAAGAUGGGAAGAGAACUGCUCUUCACAUUGCAGCCUGUCGAGACUUCAAAGACGGAGUGGAAAUGAUCAUUUCUAAAUGCCCAGGUUGCUGCGAACUUACUGAUAUUAGAGGCUGGAAUGUUCUUCACUAUGCAGUGAUUAGCAAAAGUGAUGAAGUACUAAAAGCAUUGCUCCAACAUUCAUCAUUGAUUUACCUUUUAAAUGGGAAAGAUGCUAAAGAGAAUACGCCUGUCCAUCUAUAUAAUGCUUAUCAUUCCGAUUCGCCUUCUUUCAUAGAAGGAGAUUCUAAUAUGUUCUUCUUCUGGAAAAAACUGCACAAAGAAAUUCAAAUCGCAGGAUACUCUUCCUCAAAGAAGAAUGACAAUUUAGAAUGGAUGAAAGAUGUUGGCAAUGGACCAAUAGGGGAAAUUCAGAAAGAAAAAAGAGGAAAGAGAACAGAAAAUAAGAUACUUCAACUUGAAAAAGUCAAGGACUCUCAUUUGGUUGCUGCAGCACUUAUAGCAACAGUAACCUUUGCGGCAGCUUUCACCUUACCCGGCGGUUGUGUAAGUGAUGAAAAAGACAUGGGGAAGGCUGGGACACCUAUCCUAAGCAAAAUUUUGUCUUUAAAAGCAUUUAUGAUAUCAGAUAUUAUAGCUUUGGUUUUAUUUACUUGUUCUGUCUUUAUCCACCUUAUGCUGGUGAUCAUAGGAUAUCAGGAAAGAUGCUAUUGGUUAAUAAGAUUUGCCUUCAACUUCCUUUUCUAUGCUAUGGUAGCAAUGAUGAUUACAUUUGUGACAGGCACUUACGCAGUUCUAACACGAUCCUUAGGGUAUGUCGUUUGCGUCUUUGGAUUGAGCUUCUUCUUCUUCUUCUUCCUAACUUAUUCCAUGACAAGGGUGACCUGCAGUUUCCUUAGACUCAUCAUUUCAUAUGAUAGUGAUGAUGAGGAUGUUCAAAAGGAAAUUUUGUAA